AUGACAACCACAAUAGAUGUAUCUGGAAAAGAAAACAUUAAUUUAACAUUUACCAAAUCAAAUAAAGGUCAAUUAUUGUUAGUAUUAAAUGGUUACUUAUACAAAUGUAAUAAGAAAACCGCAAACAAAAAGUAUUGGAUCUGCACGUACAAAGAAUGUAAAAAAUCCAUACAUACAAAUCCGAAUGACGUUUACGUUUGCGGUGGUACAGAUCCACAUGAUCAUGAACCAAAUCCCGAUAUGAUAGCUGCAAGAAACAUUCGAAACAAAAUAAAAGAACGAGCUCUUCAAGAAAUUAUACCAAUUUCCAUGAUUUACGAACAAGAGUUGUCGAAUUCAUCGAUCAAUUCAACGACUAUAGCCAUAUUACCUACAUGUCAAGAGCUUGGUCCAACUGUAACUAAAGUUCGAGCAAAGAUAGUACCUUUGCUUCCACAAUCCUAUUUGUUCGACAUUCCCGAUAAAUUUAAAGAAACACUUGAUAGAAAUCGUUUUUUACUUAUGGACGAAUUAAUUGCUCGUCGUGAACGUAUUUUAGUAUUCUCAAGUGAUCAUCAAUUGGAUUUAUUAUUUUCCUCGCCUAUUGUGUGUUUGCCCUGUGCUUUCUGCUUACUGAUCAAUAAAAAAGCUAUUACUUAUAGGCAUAUAUUCACCGAACUCAAGCAAAUGGCAACACAACGAAAUAAAAUGUUUGCUCCUCAGGUGAUUAUGACCGAUUUCGAGACAGGAGUAUCACCAGUAAUCAAAUCGGAAUUUCCUUCUGCUCAUCAUUACGCCUGUUUCUUCCAUUUUAUACAAGCAAUAUUCCGUCAAAUACAGCUUCGUGGAAUGCAAUGUGAUUAUGUAUCAAAUGAAGAUUUCAGAAUUUUAUGUAGAAAAUUAAUGGCAUUGGCGCUCAUGCCACGAGAUCAAGUUUUUAUUGGUUUCGAGGAAAUUCAAGCAGCUGCAGAUCGAUUAGAUGGUAGUCAAAUGGAAACUUUAUUAACUUAUUUUGAAGAUAAUUGGCUUUGUAAUAUUGAUUUAUGGAACGUCUCACGAUGUGACACACGUACCAACAAUGUAUGCGAGGGUGAGUAUACUGAAUAA